AUGGCUACGGCUGACCCAGCAGCCAUCAGCUCAAGCAACUGCCACUUGGGCGGCCUCACACGCGUCGCCUUCUCCCCCGAUGGCCAAACCAUCUUCACGGGCGGCACCGACUCGCUGGUGCGGAUACACCGCGUCGCCGAGCCCGACUCUGAGCCAGACUUUCUCGACAACCACCAGGAAGCAGUGACCUCUCUCGCGGCGUCCAAGACGCACCUCAUCACCGCGAGCGUCGACAACAUUGCGCGCAUCUUCACGUACCCCGACAACGAGUUCAGCGGCUACCUCACCCGCUCGUCGGGCGUGCCCAUUCGUUGGGUGUCAAUCGAUCCCCAGGGCGAGCGCGUAGCCGUGUGCAGCGAUGACCUUCUCGUCAAGAUUGUCAACAUCCGCGACACCACGAAGUUCGCGCUCCUUUCGGACAACGUCAAGCCCCUCCGUUCAGCCGCUUGGGACCCGUCGGGAAAGUACCUCAUCACUGCCGGUUGCGAUGGCAAGCUCAAGGUGUACGACACGACGAGCUCGACGCCAGUAAACAUCAAGAUCAUUGACGGCAUGAUCUCGCCCAGCGACUCCGACGCCGAGACAUCUGCAUACGUUGCGUGGCACCCUGCGGGCAACUUCUUUGCGGUUCCUCUCCGUAACAAUGACAUCGGCAUCAUUCACAAAGAGGGAUGGAGCAAGCAGGCAACGUUCUCCCAUGAUGGCCACCAAGGCCCUGUUACCGAGCUUGCGUGGUCCCCGAACGGCAAGUACCUCGCCUCGUCGUCUGGCACCCAGCUCCUCGUCUGGUCGACCGAGAAGCGCGAGGUCGUCGCGAGGGUGGAGCAUGACGCGGGAGCCGUUUCUGGCAUCGCCUGGUCCCCCAAGGCCAACCUCCUGGCCUUUACGACUGUCGACGGCUCGUACAACCGCUGGACCGACCCCAUCCCGUCAGACCUCCCGUCGCCGUACCUUUCAGACGCGGCGCAGGCCAAGCGCGUUGAGAAGCUGCUUGACGACGGCAUCUUUGGCGAUGACGACGACGGUGACCUCGAGGACAAGGGCGAGGACCUUGGAGACGAUCUCAUGGAGGACGACUGGAUCAUUGACGACGACGGAGCAUACGCCGGCGCCGAGGACGACGGCGAGGCCAAGUGGACCGCCGGCAAGACCGAGGUCGUCAACGUCACCAAGGCCCAGGAAGCGUUUGUGCCGGGUGCGACAUCAUGGCGCAGCAAGAAGCGCUACCUGGCGUUCAACAUGAUCGGAAUGGUCGACGCCACCGACCAGGAGACUCACAACGUUGUCAACGUGGAGUUCCACGACAAGUCGGCCCGGCGGGGCUACCACUUCUCGGACGCGACCAAGUACACGAUGGCGUCCCUCGGCGAACAGGGCAUCGUGUACGCUGCUCCGCGUGACGGAACACAACCCUCUGUGAUCCACUACCGUCCAUACGACUCGUGGGCGUCGACGUCUGACUGGACGCUGCCCCUGCUCGACGGCGAGGACGCCUUGGCAGUUGCUGCCGGUGGACCUGUCUCGGGUCUCGGCGCCGUCGUCGUUGCCACAUCAGCCGGGUACAUCCGUUUCUUUACCGCCAGCGGUAUCCAGCGGUACGUGUGGCGCCUCGGAGAGGAAGUCGUCACCAUGGCCGCUGGCAAGGAGUAUGUCGCGAUUGUGCACCGCGAGGGUGGCACCAGCUUGGACGGAUGCCAAAACUUGAGGUAUUCUCUCCUCGACCUCGACAACUUUGACCUCCUGCAGGAAGGACGUGUGCCUCUGCCCCGCAAGACGCAGCUCUCGUGGGUCGGUUUCACCGCCGACGGCGCUCCCGUCAUGUACGACUCGACUGGCCUCCUCUCCGUCCUGGAUCGCUACCGCCGCCCAGGCCAGGCUCGCUGGGUGCCACUUCUCGACGCUGCCGCGCUCGCCAAGGGCAAGCAGGAGAAGUACUGGCCCGUUGGCAUCAGUGAGACCAAGUUUGCGUGCAUCAUUUUGAAGGGUAUCGAGAAGGAGCCGUGGUUCCCUCCGCCUCUCAUCCAGGAGCUCGACCUCAAGAUGCCUCUCCUCGGCACGGACAAUGCUCAGGGCAAGCUCGAGGAGAGCGUCGCGCGCAGCAGCGUCCAGCUGUCGCUCUACGGCUCUGACCCCGAGCGGGAAGUCGCGAUUGACCGCGAGCUCCUUGUGGCAGUUCAAGGCGCUUGCAAGGCUGACCAGCUGGCCCGUGCACUUGACCUGGCUCGCCUCAUGAACAACACAUCAUCGCUCGACGCUGCGAUCAAGAUUGCCGGCUUCUACCACCUCCCCGGUCUGCAGGAGCGUAUCGGCUACCUCAAGGAGGGCAAGGGACGGUCCUCCACGAAGCGCCGUCUAUCGCACGGUGCGACUCGAUGGGAGCCCGCACCGCGUCCUCCCGCACCCAUCCAUGACACGCCGAGCCGCAACAGAGAUCGUGAGCGCCAGUUCUCCGACUUUGCUCCUUCAUCACGCCGCCGCACAUUUGGUGGCCCCAACGCCCCCGAGCCGGUGCGUGCCGAGACGCCAGUGUCGACACGCAAGUCGUUUGUGCCUGAGACGCCUGGUGACAACGAUGAGGACAUGGACAACGAGGUGGACGCGACGGUUGAUGACGAGGUCGGUGUCGAGGCCGAGACGGACGAGUCACUGCCUACUUCGCCCAAGAAGCGGAGGCGCUCGCCCGACACUUUCGACAGCUUUGUGGCUCCCGCCAAGCCAGAGGGGCCCAAGAACCCGUUCGCGAAGAAGCCAACUGCGUCCAACCCGUUCGCCAAGCCGGCUGUGGCCAAGCCGCUGGACUCUGUCAAGAGCACGAGCUUUUUUGACCGCGUCGACACGAUCGAGGGGACGAAGAGCGGCAAGCCGAAGGCAGCCAAGGCGGCCGCCCUGCCGACAAAGGCGAGUGGCAAGCAGACUACCCUGUUCGGGUUCCCUCCCAGCUCCGACUCGCAACGGCGACCGGCGAUCAAGCAGCGCGAGAGCAUCUUGACUGAGACGGAGACGGAGACUGAGCCAGAGGAGGAGAGGGUGCGGGGGCACGGCUCUGGCCCUCUCGAGGAGACGCAGGUGCAGGAGACGCUGGAGGAGACGCAGACUGAUGACUAG